UCCAAAGGAAAGUUGCGAAAACCGUGAACUUGAACGAAGACGAAGCAGAUUUAUCUUCAAACAGCUACAAGUGGUUCGUCGGUCGAACGAUGUGUUGAGUUAAAUUUGCAUCGGACAACAGUACAAUUUUUUUUUGUUUUAAAUUUUUGUUUUUAAAGUCUUUUUGAAGACGCUAAUAACUAUGGCGAUGCGUUUUGUUUUUUUGAUUUCGUGCGUUUUGUUGGUUGGUGUUACCGUAGAGCAGACACUGACUUUGUCCGUUAACGAAUCUCGCCCGCUCUUCUCGUUUUACCCCAUGAAUAUCCUCACCAACGGCACCGUGGUGGACAAAGUGAACAGCUUUGCUGAUCUGGAGCAGGACCUCGAGCUCGGUAACCAGAUGAAAGGGAAACUAUGCGCUAAAAAUUAUACCAGUUGCAUGCAGAAUGAUCCGGAUUACGAGGCGAGUCUGUCCAAGGUGACGGGACGGCUCUUCGCAAAUUCGCCGCCCUUUGACCUAUCGACUUUGGACGGAGUGGGCGAGGAAUGCCGGAAGGACAGUCGCCGGUUCCUCGACGCACUGCGGACAUUCCAAAUGUGGGCACUCCAAAUGUACGAUGCAUCGGCCAAAGUACCAUCCGGAUUCCUCAGCGGUAACAUCAAUCAACUCGGCGAUUUCGACCUGUGCAUGUCAUCGAGAUCCAUGGAAGAUAGACCUAUCUACGGAAAAUAUUGCCUUCCAUCGUUGCAGGUCGAAACGCCGCACAACGCUUACCUUUCAGCCAUCCACAAUCGACUCUACGCUCAUCAAGUUUUGAAGAGCAAAUUCGAAGAUCCCGGACAUAGGGUUCCAAAAUUCUCCAGUGUCAAUUGGGCGCUCUGCGUUCCUCACACCUGCACCACCAGAGACGUGGACAUCGGUUUCAGGAAUGUAGUUCAGCAGAUCUUCGCUGGAACCGAUUUCGAGUACAAAACGGAAAUGGAUCCGCAGAUGUGCUCGAGCGCGAAACCCGAAACGAACGUCAAUUAUGGUUUCAUCUACGGCACAGCCUUCUUCGUUUCCGUUUUCCUCGUGGCUGCUGCUGCAGGUCUUUACGAUUACUUGAACGGCGAUAAACCGAAAAAUGAUUGGAUUAUGGCGUUCUCGUUACGCAGAAAUCUUCAAUCCAUGUUAUCCAUUGAAAAGCAGGCAAACGACUUGGAGGCCGUCCACGGAAUUCGCUUCAUUAACGCCCUAAUGUUGAUCUUUUCACACAAGUCGAUGGCUCUGCUCUUCUUGCCAUACACCAAUCGUACUGCAAUGAGUGAGAUCAUAGGACAACCGUGGACCGUGAUAGGAAGAGCGGCUAGUCUUUACACGGAUCCAUUCAUAAUGUUAUCGGGUACCCUAACGGCCUACUCCCUUUUCGGUCGCCUCCAGAAGAAUAUCAGGAUCAACAUCCUGGAGGAAUACGCUUCCAGAUUAUUCCGCAUCGUUCCAACCCUAGGAGCUCUGAUCCUCUUCUGCACCUUCGUCUUGCCCUUCAUCGGAUCUGGCCCAAUGUGGAACCUCGUCAUAACACAUCAUUCCCACAUCUGCAAGAAGAAUUGGUGGAGAAACCUCAUGUUCAUCCAUAACUAUUUCGGAUUCAAAGAUAUGUGUUUAACGCACACUCAUCACGUCGGUAUUGAUACACAAUUGUUCUUCACCUCUCCAUUCAUGGUCCUGGUGUUAUGGAAAUGGCCGAAGAAGGGAGCAUUCACCCUUGCAACUAUUGCCUUAAUAUCGACGAUCAUGAGAUACUACGUCACCUACAGCAUGAAGCUAUCCAAUUACAUUCACUUCGGCACCUCCAUUGAACAACUCUUCAACACAGCCGAUUACAUGUACAUCCUUCCGCCGCAUCGUCUCACCGUCUACAUCAUGGGCAUAUUCCUGGGUUACCUUCUGAGGAAUUGUAAAAACAUCAUCCUCAAACCGAUUCAACUUCAAUUUGGCAAUGUGCUAGCAAUCAUCUCCUUCGUGACUUCUUUCAUUGGACCUGCCUUCAUGGGCAGCAUAAACUACAUUUACGAUCCAGUACAUGCGGCUUGGUACGCCUCUUUCGCUCCGAUCCUCUGGUGUUUCAGCUUCGCGUGGAUCAUCUUCACACACCAAAACGGCUACAAAAGCUUCAUCAGCGAAAUGUUCGCCUUUCGCUACUUCAAACUCUGGACGAAAAUCUCGUACACAGUAUACCUGACGCAGUUCCCAAUAUUCUUCUACAACGUGGGAACGCUGCGACAUUCAGAGUAUUACCAGUUCAUACCCAAAAACUUAAACAUAUUAGAAUUGAUCUGCAUUUUCGGCCUCUCGUCACUGCUGACUCUCCUCUUCGAAACGCCGUUCCAGAACAUCAAGAACAUUAUCUUCAGAAAGAAGCGGGCCCCAGAAACGGCGAAGAAGUUGAGCUAAAAGCUCUUCGACUUUGAACGAAUUAAUCACCCACACUCAAACAUAUCCUGUACAUAUUAAUUUUAGGUUUACUAA